CCCAUUUCCAGACCUGCUCUGCUGGCAGGAUGGGGAAAUAAACGAUCUGCGUCCCAGCCUGAGAAAGCUUCCCCACGAGGAGGCGGGAAAAGGGGCCAAGUUUAGGAGGCUAUUUCCACGGAAAUGGAUGCUCCCUGGGGAUCUGGGGUAAAGGGGUGGGAAUGGGCGGGAUUGGGGGUGGGGGCACAAACGAGCUCGGGCGGGCACGCAGACUCCGGCACCACCUGCUGCAAAGCUCCGCGCGGAAGGCGAAAAACAGCCCCGUGGCGUCCGGGGAAUAAGCAAGGUUUUGCGCUCCAAAUCCAGUGCUACCAAUGUGAAGAAUUCCAGCUGAACAAUGACUGCUCCUCCCCUGAGUUCAUCGUGAAUUGCACGGUGAACGUUCAAGACAUGUGUCAGAAAGAAGUGAUGGAGCAAAGUGCUGCUGAACGGGAGAGCAAGAGAGGGCUAGAUGUCUACAAAAUAAUCUGUCAUCUAUUCUUAGGAGAGAGAAAUGAAAAGGUAUCCACAGCUAAUAUCUUCUCAAGUCUAGCUCUGCUAAAUUUUACCAAGAUUUGAAAUAAUAGACUCUAGUUUGGCCUUGGUGUGAGCCAGGCAAGAAGAGACCCAGCUCUGCUAAUCAAUCAGAUCACAAUUGCUUUAUGCCUGUGUUCUUUAAAGAUGUACAUAUGCACUCAGGAACAUGCACAUACACAAUGGCAUAGGUGUGUGUUAUGUUCUUUUGCCUGUGAAUAUUUGCAUAUGCCAUAUGUAAUUCUUGCAAAAAAAAAUGAAAAUAUUAAACAUUAAGUACUCCUUUGGAGAAUUUCAGAUUGGCAGUGACUUCAUUCAUGCUGUGUCCUAGGCACAAAGACAUUUUUUUAGCGUUCUUUUUUCCACAAGGACUUUAGACAUAGCAGUGAUACCUGUUAAUUUUUUGUUUUCUCUCCCUGCCCCAUCUCUUCUCUCCUUCUACCAGGCCUCUCUGUUAGCCUAUGUUUACACAUCCUCCUGCAGUCCUUAACUUUUUCAUCCUAAUCUCUCUUCAAAUGAAUCAGAUGGAUGGUAGAAUAUGCUCUAUGAAUAAAAAACAUUUAAAAAUCAUCGUGGUUUAGUUUUGCCAAAUGAAACUUCAACGGGUUAAAAAAAAAUCUUUUAAAAAGAUAUCCCCAUCAACAAAGAUAUCCAUGUAUAUUAGU